GGUUUUUAUUCGAGUAACUGUUGUGCUUGUGCCCGAGUUGUUUACGUUUCAGUUGUUGUUAAUUUGUUAUUACUUCAACUUGUUCGCCGUGUCGUCGCUUCUGUUUGCUUUGCGAAUCAUUUGUCCGCCUUUUUUUCGAUCGCCCGCCAACGACAAACCAUAAUAAUAUCAUAGUUGUUAUUCCGCAACAGGUGAACCGUCGUCGUUGAUCGUCGUCGCCGAGGAAUUUCGCUCAAAACCGGUAUAAUACAAUGACGGCAAUGGAGAACGAAUCAUCAGAUGGCAAUGUUUCACCUAAAAAGAAAUCAAUUCGUAAAGGGAAGACUGCCUUAGCUCGUGUUCUUUUAUUAGAUGGUUCAUAUUUAGAUGUUCAAAUUGAUAGGAAAGCUAAAGGYCAGGAGUUAUUAGAUCAAAUAUGUGAUCGGCUAAAUUUAUUAGAACGGGAUUAUUUUGGUUUAUCUUAUGAAGAUAGACGGGAUCCUCAUAAUUGGCUUGAAAUGGAUAAACGCAUUGGGAAGUUUUUAAAAAGUGAACCAUGGUUGUUUAAUUUUGAAAUGAAGUUUUACCCUCCUGAUCCUAAUCAACUUCAAGAAGACAUCACCCGUUAUCAACUAUGUUUACAAAUAAGAAAUGAUAUUCUCAAUGGAAAGUUGCCUUGUUCUUUUGUCACCCAUGCACUGUUGGGUUCAUAUUUGGUUCAGUCUGAAUUGGGAGAUUAUGACAUUGAUGAACAUAAAAAUAACACAAAUUAUUUGAAAGAGUUUAAGUUUGCUCCGAAUCAAUCACCUGAGCUUGAAGAAAAGGUUAUGGAACUUCAUAGGACACACAAGGGUCAAACACCAGCAGAAGCAGAGUUAAAUUAUUUGAACAAUGCCAAAAAAUUGGCCAUGUAUGGUGUGGAUUUACACCCUGCUAAAGAUUCCGAAGGUGUAGAUAUAAUGUUGGGAGUAUGUUCCUCUGGUUUGCUCGUUCAUAGGGAUCGUUUACGCAUCAAUCGUUUUGCUUGGCCUAAAAUAUUGAAAAUUUCUUAUAAGCGAAAUCAUUACUACAUUAAAAUCCGCCCAGGUGAAUUUGAACAGCAAGAGGCUACAGUUGGAUUUAAGUUGCCAAACCAUAGACUUGCUAAAAAACUAUGGAAAACAUGUGUUGAACAUCAUACAUUCUUUAGGCUGAUGACCCCUGAACCAACACAAAAACUUGGAUUAUUUCCUCGUUUAGGUUCAAGAUUCCGUUAUUCUGGUCGUACUCAUUAUGAAUCUAAGAAAACGCCAAUUGAGAGACCUGCACCAAAAUUUCAAAGAAGUUUAAGUGGAAGAACAUUAACUUCUAGAAGMAUGGAUACUUUAGGAGGAACCAGGCACUUGGGAGAAGAUUUUGGAAUGGAACCUGAGUCUAAAAGACACACAAUGUCUCAUCCUCCUGAUCGAGUUUCUGACAAAGAAAACAACAUUGGAAAAGGUGGAAAGUCAAACAAAAGUGAUAAACAAAAGCUGAAAGAAAAAGUGAGCAUAAGUUCUCACGACAGCUCUGUAACUGAGGAAGGCAAUUACGACGCUGAACGGAGCAACUCAGACAAUCAUAAGUCUAAGGUAUAUAGUUUGAUGACUUUUAAAGAUCUAAAAAAACCAAAAAAAGAAUCAAAAACAAGUCUCAAAACAGUUGACAGCACUACUUCCAAUUUAUCGUCAAAUGCUACAUUUGCUGAUCGUUCGAUUGCUGAAACUACUGUUAAUGUAUCUGCUAUUUCCACUUCACCAAGUUUUACUAAAACAUACAAUUACACGGAAGAUGAACACAGUGCUACAAAAAAACGUAAGCCAGUCGGUGGAUUCACUUAUGAAAAUAACAUGGAAAAGUCAAAAGAAAAUAUUUCUGAAAUCCCAACAUCUCCUAGUAAAAGAGCACAAGGCCUUGCGUUUAAUUAUGCACCUGGAGAGGCAAAGAAAGUUGCAGAAACCGCAGCAGAAAAGAGAAAAACGUUCAUGGAAAAAGUGGCUGCCGAUGGUAUUAAAACACCAGGAAUUAAUUAUGUACAGUCGGCAGUUCACAAAGAAGAAUCAGUUAAAAAAGAACCUAAAACUAAUAUUGACACAAAAGUAAAACCCACUGGUGAAGUUGCAUUUACUAAAACCAUAUUGGAAAAAAAAGUUGUCCCAGCCAGUGCWGAAACUACUAUGGAAACUGAGAAGAAAAAAAUUGAUUCAAAAUCAGGAGUUUUGAAUAAGAAAUCAAAAGAACAUGACAGUAGUAAAGGGGUAUUAGAAAAAGCUAUGGACAAAUUAGGUUCGUUUGGUAGAGGAUCUAAAGAUAAGACCGAAAUUGACCUUAAAAAAGAAUCAUCAGACUUCAUUGAUAAUGAAAAAAAAAAUUAUGAAGACGAUAAACCACUAGUUAGUACUGCACCAUUAAUUGUAAAAACUACAACAAAACAGACAAUGAUCCAGGAUAAAGAAGGUGUUACUCAAAAUAUUGAAGAAAAAGUUGAAGACUUAACAUCUGGUGAAGUAACUGUAUCAACACAGCACAAUAAGGCUGAAGGUUUGGACACAGCUACUGGUAGGCCUCCAUACGUAAAGGCAACAGCAGUUACUACUCGUACAGCAACUACUCAUCAGGAUUUGGAAAAAAAUUCUAAAACUAGUCAGGUCGAAGAAAAAACGGUGGCUCAUACAACAACAACCAGUGGUACUCGUCAAGAACAACGAACUGUUACACAAGAAGUCAUAUCUACAUCAACAAUUCUUGCACCAGAAUCAAAAGUUGAGCUAAGUAGAGCUUCAAGUAGUUCUAGUCUUAGCUCAAACGAUUCAGGCACACCAAUUGAUGUUGAAGGCCCAUUAGAUGAGUCCAAUGGGCUAGGAUAUUAUAAUAGCAAUUUUCAGAAUGAGUUUAAGGCCGAACAUGUGACGGCUGGUUCAAACUCUGCUGAAGAAAGACAUAACAUAAACAUCACGGCUAAUGACAAGUCGUACACUCUCUCAGGAGAAAUUGUCUCAACACAGGCUAUUUCAAGCAAAACACGAACUGUUGAAACUGUAACAUACAAAACUGAAAAAGAUGGUGUUGUCGAGACAAGAGUUGAACAAAAAAUWACCAUACAGAGUGAUGGUGAUCCAAUUGAUCAUGAUAAAGCAUUGGCUGACGCCAUUCAAGAAGCUACAGAAAUGAAUCCUGAUAUGACUGUAGAAAAAAUUGAAAUUCAACAGCAACAACAAACAUGAACAAAAAGCAAUAACAGACUCGCCUUUUUUAUUUUUAGUUUGUACUCCUUCAAUAUAAUAUAUUUAAAUUUAUUUUUGUGUGUUCUAUUGAAACAUUUGACAUUCCAUUUAUCAUCUUUCUAAUUAUUGUUUAAUUGAAUUUGUUUAUUUAUUUAUUCACGCUUGUUAUGUGGCCUAUUAUUAUUUUUUACUAUUUUAUUCUUUAGUUUAUUAUGAAUCAAUUACGUGUAUUGU